AUGGCGACCGGAUCAACAGCCGCCCCAGGACCCAUCGACGCUGGAGUCCUACCCGCCGCACAUCGUUUGUGGGGGACUGGAAAAGACAAAGGCGGUUUCGUGCUGGUACUGCCUUCGAAACACCUGGAGUCCUUUCUGGAGUCGGAUCUGUGCACAAAGCGAAUCAACAACAUCUCAUCUUACCUCUGGGCAGUAGGCCGUCCACAUCUACCGCGAUCGCUGAGCACUCAAGGUGUGCUCGAACCGCUGGUACCAACUCUUUUGGACUUCAAACUUGCCAAAGACGCCGGCCUGUUUCGCGAAGACUACGAAUGGACUGACUGGCAAACCCUGGUCAGCAACACCUUGGAAGAUUACCCGGGCGACACCAUUCACAACCACAUCCCACCCCGCUACAAAUACGGAGAGUUGCGACUUGGACGACUGAACAAGAUCUAUCGUCUGAUCCGCGGCGAAUGGUUGUAUGGUUACUCAAGUCUCUUUGGCGCUCAGACCUACGGAGGCUUCAUAUCAGAGCACACUGUCGCCAUCACAACCACGACCGUCUACCUUGUCGUCGUCUUGUCGGCCAUGCAACUGGGAAUGGCAACGUCAGCGAACGCGUUGAUCGGUGACUCGACCUUCCGAAGGGCAUGCUACGGCUUCGCGAUCUUCGCCAUCCUCUCGCCCGUCAUAACAGCCGGGCUGGUGGUGAUAGUUGCUUGCUUCCUGUUCUUUGUCAAUUGGUUCCGAACGAGACGUCAUGGCCAGCAGGUCAACAAGGCAAGAGCGGCUCCAGCCAGCCCGUAG